AUGAGAUCCCUGACUGUGACCGGUUGGCUCCAAGCUGGCCUUGCCGCAUUGUCGAUUGUGCCCACCUCUUUGGCCCAUCCUGUUUCUUCAGGCGACAUUCUUCGUCGCUCAGAGAUUAGCAAGGACGAACUUCUUGACAGUUAUGAUUUUAUCGUUGUCGGCGGCGGCCAGGCUGGCACCGUCAUUGCCACCCGUCUCACCGAGAACCCGGACAUUAGCGUCCUAGUCGUCGAGUUCGGCUACUUCAACAAUGAUCCUUCACAUCUCGGUCCCAACGGUUUCGACUUUUCUAAUAUGGAGUUCCGUUAUAAUAUCUCGUCGGCGCCACAGAAGGGCCUGAACGGCCGCUCCAUUGGCAUUUUCGCCGCCUGCUGCGUCGGCGGCGGCUCCACCAUCAACGGCAUGAUGCUGAAUCGCGGCUCUGCAGCCGACUACGACGCCUGGGAAGAGCUCGGCAACGAUGGAUGGGGCUGGGACGACUUGUACCCGUACUUUGUCAAGCACAGUCACUUUGACGCGCCGUCCGAGGCCGCCGUGAAGGAGUACGGCAUGACAUGGGGCGAGGAAUCCUACGGCGACGGGCCCAUUCACCAGAGCUUCUCUUCCUGGCAAUGGCCCGGCACACUCAUUCAGAGGAAAGGAAUGAUCGCAGCAGGUGCCGAACCUAACAUUGACGGCUCCGGAGGUGAUGCCCACGGCUUGAUCUGGUAUCCCACGGCAUUGGACAAUGCGACGGCGGCGCGAUCGUACGCCGUAAACGGAUAUUAUAAGCCAGCGGCUGGACGGUCUAACCUGCACGUUUUGACCGGCUGGCGCGUGGAUGAGAUCCAGAUCGACGAGUACAAGAGGGCCACUGGCGUGAAGUUGACCAAGAGAGACAACCUCGAUCAGUCCAAGCCCGAGACGGCAAAGGCGAGCUCCAAGAGAGAGAUCAUCGUCACCGCCGGCGCUGUUCACACCCCUCAAGUCCUCCAGCGCAGUGGAAUCGGGCCAAAGUGGCUGCUGGAUGAGGCCGGCAUCGAGGUCUUGGUCGACCUCCCUGGCGUUGGUUCCAACCUUCAAGAUCACGCGAACGUCCAAUCAAACUUUGACUACAAAACCAAUGUCCUUCCCAACCCGGCCGUGUCCCUUACGGAUCCCGAGUUCGCCGAGUGGGCUAGAAAGGAGUUCGAGGAGCAUCGCUCCGGCCCUCUCCGCAUCGGCACCGGUAACACGGGCGGUCUGGUUCCGUUUCCAGUGGUUGACCCUGAGAACUUCGCGGCCAUCACAGAGGAAUACCUGGCACAGAACGCGGCCGAGUUUCUCCCAGAAACGUAUUCUGCAGAGCAGUUGGCGGGGUAUGAGGCGAUGCGCAAGGUGCAGGCCAAGCAGCUGACGACACCCGACAACGCCUGGCUUGAGGUGCCCCUGACGGCCUCCACGUCGUUGUCGACGGUGCUGAUGAAGUGCGUCAGCCGCGGGACCGUGUUGCUCAACACUACAGACAUCUACGCUGCGCCCAUCCUCAACUACAAUACCCUUGUCAACCCCAUCGACGUCAAGAUCCUGACUAGCCAUGUACGUUUUGUGCGCCGCAUGCAUGAGACGGAGGAGAUGAAGCAGCUUGGUCCUGUGCCGGUUUCGCCUGGCCCCGACGUCAAGACCGACGAGCAGAUUGAGACUUUCCUCCGCGCGUCAACUGGAAGCAGCAUUGCGCAUAAUGUAGGCUCGGCGGUCAUGAUGCCUCGCGAGCUGGGCGGUGUCGUUGAUGCGCAGCUCAAGGUCUACGGUGUCAGGGGUCUCAGCGUCGCUGAUGCGUCCAUCAUGCCACUUGUGCCGGCUACACACACUUGCAGCACUGUCUACGCUAUUGCUGAGAAGGCCGCAGAUAUCAUCAAGAAGAGGCACUGCAUAAGCUAG